AUGGCGAUGAACGGCAUAUCGUGCGCUCCACCACUGAAUGUGCACAUGUCAGGGUCUGCAGGACGACUAUGGAUGGAUCCAGACGCGUAUGACAUCUUCGUAUUUCAUCCCGAGGUUCCCUGGUCGGCGUCCCAGGAGGACUCAGAGACGGAGGAGUCAAACUCGCAAGCAUACUCCGAUCUGGAGAUUUCCAACAGCACAGUGUACCACACCCACGGUGAUUCAGAAGGAUGUGACGGAUGUGAGGAAACCUGUGCGGUUUGUUUGGAGAAUUUCCAAGAGGGCGACUCCGUACGGGUCCUGCGUUGUCGCCAUACUUUUCACCGAGAAUGUGUAGAUAGAUGGCUGGCCGUCAACCGCUUGUGUCCUUUGUGCAAGCAGGACGUAGCACCAAUGACCUGGAAGGAGCGCAAGGACGUCAGAGCCUCCAGGCCGUCCCAGGUAGAGCGGGUAACCCUGGUUCUGGACUUCUCUGCCAUGCAGAUAUACGAGACCCGACAUCGCCCACAUGCGAUGCAGUCAACGUCCGGUGUAGACAAUGUGGCUGGAAGCACAUUAUCAAGAUCGGCAUGCCCUAUCAGCACUGUGCAGCAUCGUCCGAGUCAUUUGGUCCAGCUGGAGACCCAGCCGGUCCAGAGCGGUAGAAUGCGGCGAGUUAGUCAAUCCUCACACAUCAUUGCACUGUAG